AUGGCCUGGGUAAAGUUCUUACGGAAACCCAGUGGCAACCUGGGCAAAGUUUAUCAGCCUGGAAGUAUGUUAUCACUAGCCCCUACCAAGGGCUUAUUAAACGAACCAGGACAAAACAGUUGCUUUCUCAAUAGCGCUGUACAGGUUUUAUGGCAAUUGGAUAUAUUCCGACGGAGUUUACGCAUUCUGUCUGGACAUGUUUGUCAGGGGGAUGCCUGCAUAUUUUGUGCUUUAAAGACGAUAUUUGCACAGUUUCAGCACAGUCGAGAGAAAGCUCUUCCUUCUGAUAACAUCAGGCAUGCCCUGGCAGAGAGCUUCAGAGAUGAGCAGCGAUUUCAGCUUGGCUUUAUGGAUGAUGCUGCUGAGUGCUUUGAAAAUAUCCUUGAGAAGAUUCAUUUUCACAUUGUGCCAAACAGUGACUCAGACAUGUGCACUUCAAAGUCCUGCAUCCCUCACCAGAAGUUUGCCAUGACCCUCUAUGAACAGUGUGUGUGCCGGACCUGUGGAGCGUCCUCAGAUCCUUUACCCUUCACAGAGUUUGUCCGAUACAUUUCUACAACCGCCCUCUGUAAUGAAGUAGAAAAAAUGAUUGAAAGACACGAACGUCUGAAGCCUGAAAUGUUUGCAGAAUUGCUUCAGGCUGCAAAUACCACUGACGACUUUAGGAAAUGCCCUAGUAACUGUGGCCAAAAAAUAAAAAUCCGCCGCGUUCUCAUGAAUUGCCCUGAGAUUGUCACAAUUGGCUUAGUCUGGGAUUCUGAGCAUUCUGACCUCACUGAAGAAGUGGUUCGCAAUCUUGCCACGAACCUUUAUCUUCCAGGGUUGUUUUAUAGGGUAACUGAUGAAAGCGCCAAAACUAGUGAGCUUCAUCUUGUUGGUAUGAUCUGCUACACCAGCCGACAUUACUGUGCCUUCGCUUUUCAUACCAAGAGUUCCAAAUGGGUCUUUUUUGAUGAUGCCAAUGUGAAGGAGGUUGGGACUAAAUGGAAAGACGUGGUCUCCAAGUGCACCAGAUGUCAUUUUCAGCCACUGCUUCUGUUUUAUGCAAACCCGGAUGGUUCUGCUGUGUCCACUGAAGAUGCUCUUAGGCAUGUCGUCUAUUGGUCCCAUUAUAAAACUACUGCUGAGGAGGAUGCAGGUUUUGAGAGGCCCUCAACUCAUAAACCAGAGAGUACCAAAGAAAAUGGAUAUGGUGACCAGGCAAAGCAGAGAACCAAUCAGAAGUUGCAUGUAGAUGACACUGUGGGUUUGAUUCGCAGCCCUCUUCUGGCAAGUGGUGGCAGAGGACCAGUUAAGUUUGGUCCUAGUGACCAGAGGGACAAGCUAAGAGACAUUUCUAGAGAAUGUGCCCAAAGAGCUAUUGAGCAGAAAAACUUUCUCUCGUCACAAAGAAGAGAGUUGGAGAAGGAGCAGAGGAGAGAUCUUGGGAGAUACCGAGAUUUGUCUAACGAGGACCUAUCUCGCCUCAAGUCUGGGUCACCUGUCAUGGCCUCAGCAAAUGGAUUCAGGCAGUCCAGCGGCCAGCCUGGAUACUCCAGCCAAGGUAGAGGGUCUUCCCGCCAUGAUCGAGUCACAUCCCAGAGCCGGACCUCCACACAAAUGCCAAGUUCAGUUAAGCCACAGUUCCUGGCUUCAGGGGAAAAGGCAUCCAGCAAAGGUAAGGGAGAUGGUGCCACCGGAUAUGAUACAGACAGCAGCCAGGACUCUCGGGAUAGGGGAAGUACCUGCAGUGGCAGCAGCAGCCGCAGCCGGGCCCGCAGCUGGAAGCCAAUGCGAGAGACUCUGAAUGUGGACAGUGUGUUCAGUGAUGCCGAAAAGAGACACGCCACUCCCAGGCACAGAGCAGCCAGCAAAUCCAAACACAGCCAAGAGCAGAGAGUGAACAACUGGUCUAAAGAGCCACCCAAGCAGAAAGGCCUGAUGACUAUCUAUGAAGAUGAAGGAAAGCAGGAGACAGGAAGCAGGAGUUCACUGGAGUCUUCUGGGAAAGGCCCUGAGAAAGGGAAAGGCCCCAUGGAGACCAAGGCUCCUGGCGACAGUGGGCAGAUGCAACGGACCGAGUCUGGCUAUGAGAGCAGCGAUCGGGUCAGCAAUGGCUCCACCAGCUUGGACUCCCCACUCCUAGAAGGGAAUGGCACAGCCAUCCUCAGUGGCACGAGGGAAACCUGCCCUGGCAGUAAUCAGAUUCAGUCAAGUAAAGUGAACAUAGACAGUUUGCAGCACACGUCCCGACAGCGCAAAGACCAUCUGGAAGGGGCUAAUGAAGAAUUAGAGAACAUCAGGAUUGCAGAAGUGGCUGGUGAUUUCCACCCAGAUUUGCAUCUACAAGUAGAUAAUCCUAUCAUGAAGAGAUCUCAUGUGCAUGAUACCAAUGAGAAGUUGUUGUCAUCGAACCCACAGGUCUUCAAGGACCAUGACAGAAGAGAGCACGUCCCACAACCUAAUGAAAAGCAGCUUGAAAAUUCAAAUGAAUGCCAUUUUUCUGAAAGGCUUAAUUCAGAAAAGCCUGAAAAAAAUGGUCCAUCUUUGCUUAGUGCUAAGGGAUCAGUCCCUUUUCACAUUCCUGUUAAUUCUGCCUCAGCAAAAUUGACUGAUAGUAAUGAGAGACUCCCCUCAUCCCAACUGUUGUCAAUACACAUGAAAGCAGUUGAGUCCCAGCCAGGGCUCAGCUCCUUUGCCCAGUCAAGUCUUGGGGAACCAUGCAGCUCCGGUAAGCACUGUGUGCAACCUUUCAGCCCCUCCGAUAAUUGUGAGGUGCUAGAACCUGCUGCCUGCCAGAGUCUGCCGCCUCCUUUGCCUCCAAAGAAGUACGCUAAAUCCAUGGCAGGGUCACGGUCAGAGAAGAAGGAAUCUGGCCCUGAUCUGGAACUGUCAGGGAGGGGAAAAGCUAAGCCUCAGAGUCUCCAAAAGCCUGCGAUCAGUGCCCCAUCCCAGACCGGGACAGAAACAAGACUGAAGGAAUCAGGACAAGGGAAAGAACUAGCUGAGUGCAAACCCAGGACCCGAUCUAGCCCGUCCCCCGACUUCCCGGCCCCACUGGAUAUGGGGGUAGCAGUGGUUAGCAAAGGCAUUCCCCAGACAGAACCGUGGCCUACCGUGCCACCACCACAAGGGACAGUUUCUCUGACCACCUACUUUUCUGUUGACAACUGUAUGACUGAUACGUACAGGUUGAAGUACCGCCAGAGACCCAAGCUAAAUUUUUCUGAGAGCAGCAGCUUACCUGGCAGCAAUAAGCCUCAAUCCCAAACUGAAGUGAGGCUGAAAGCAGUGUUCCAUGAAGAUCUACAGCCAGCCAAUGUAUAGUUCUAGCCUGCUGCGGGAGGGAAACUCCCAGGGAAACUCUUCUGAGGCCUGUCAGCAGGCAGGCACUUCUUAGUCAGGCCACUCAUUCAGGAGAAAUAGGAACUGACCACAGUCAUUGGGUGAGAUUGGGGGGCACAGAGAUAGGAGUAGAAGCUGGCAAAUCUUGGCAUUCAGUGUCCAGUGAUCCCAGUCCCCUGUAUCUGUUCCCCUGUGGAUGUUGGCCAUGUCCACAGCAUUCUAACUCUUCCUGAGUCGGGGAGGGACCCUCUGGGCCCCAACAGCAAGCAGGCCUGGGAAGCUGCUGCUGCAGAAGCCAACCCUCGGGGUAGUUAGCUAAAUAUGUAUGCACCUCACCAGCAGUUCCAUAUAUCAAUGCCCCCACCUGUGGUGGUGUCUGAAGCGUGGUGAGGGAGUCAGAGCAGUAUUUGCUUAUGAAGAAGCACUUUUUCAUGGGUAAACAGUCAGAGGUUUCACCCAUAGUCUCGGUUUUUUUUUUGACUUCUGUGAUAGUCCACUACCUAUGAUACCUUCAAGUGUCUUAAAUAGAUUACGUGUACAUUUUAUUCUUUUCUGGCGUUUGGAGACAGGAGGGAAGCCUUAAUUGUGAGUGAGGUUGACAAAUUCUCAGUCAGAAAUAGAAGGGAAGUAAUCUCUCCGGGAACUUCAAUUUUUGCAUUUCAUUGAAAAUCCAUAUUCAGAAUGCCUCUUCAGCGGCAUAACUACAGAGAGCCAAUGAGUUUGUAUGCCAUGAAUGUUACUUCAGUCACGUAAGCUAAAAAUAUUAAAAGAUUAGCUGUCUAGCAGCAUUUGUCUCUAAUGUUAUGUGAAGCCAGAAGGUGUUGUGUUGUUUGGUUUUGAAUUUUGGGAGCUGAUAACCAAUGCUAGACACCAGAUCCUUACUGCAAGUCACCAAUGAUUACUUUCCAUGGUUGCCUGAAUCUUUUGCAAUAGCUAGACUAAAAAUGGCCCCAGAUUGUAAACUAAACUUCAUUUAGAGAUUGUCAACCCAGUGAAUUUUUUUCUGUGCCUGUUCUUAAAAUCAGAAAACCCCUCCAUUUCCUUCAUUUCUACUCUCAAAUGGUCACUUGGAAUUCAAUGUUAAUAAAAUGUUAUUGUGAA